GUACCGAAUGGAGGAACCGGUCUUGGAGUUGGAUCACCCGCACAGUUUGCUCAACUCGCGAAGUUAGGACUGGCUAGUCCUGUCACCCCUCUAACGCAUGGCGGAAUCGCCGCGCCUCAAGACUCAUUUAAUUGUGGAUGGCCUUCCCGGCAACAUUGAUCUUCCCACUGUCGAAGCUUUAUUUAGCCCUCACGCUGUUCUUAGCGCGCGGUUCUUCCGCAAACCUUCCAACGACGAGCAUGGUGGUAGUCGCGUUGUGGCGUUUGUCAGGCUGGGAUCCGAACAAGCAGCGGAAGAGUCCAUCGACAAAUUGAACGGUCGCUCAGUCCCUGGUUGGGACUCGUCCAAGAUGAAGGUUGUUUAUGCAGAUGACGAGACACAGAACGAGCAAACGGCGUCUGAGAAGCGCAUCCGUGAACUUAUUGCGAGGCAAGAAGCUCACCCUGAGAGCCCGCUCCAGCAAAAGUCAAUCAAUACUAACGAUUUCCGCUAUACUAAUGCAUCUCUCCCCAAGCCUUCGUUCUCAUCGCUGCCUGCCACAUCUAGUCACACUCAGGAUGUCCGAAGGGAUACGUAUCAGCAACAAUUCGGCGGUUCUGCACGACGUGGAUACGUCAUUAAUAUCCCUGGCUCCAACGAAACUCGCUACGCUGAUUUUCAGGACUCCCCUGCCAGUCAGGCGUCUCCGCCCCCCUUCCGCCCAUCCGCCCUGGAUACAAAGUGCCGAAUAAUACACCAGCUCGUGUGGUUGACCCCACCCAGCAUGGCGCCUCGCAUUAUGUUGUGCAGCUCCCCUCUUCCUACCUUAGCCAGUGCCAACCUCCUCACGAGCAAGCGCAGCAUCAACAGGUGGCGCCCGCGGUACUUCAGGCUCCCAUUCAUGUACCGCCUCCUUCGAUUUUCAAAGCCGCCCCUCCUUCGCGUCCUCUAGAGAUUCGUCGUCCACCUUCCUCCGAAAAAUCCUCAGAAGUUAUUCCGACAACACCUGCUAACCCACAAGCUCUUACUAGCGGGAUCAAUGAAGAUGUGGAGAUGUCGCCUGUGUCUAGCGCA